UCGAACAGAGAAGCAGUAGCCAACUGAAGCACAUGCGAAAUUAAUAAGGCAAGCCUAACCAUCCAUGAAAACAACACAGAAGUGAUCUCUGCCGUCUUAGCGAUGUCAAUUAGAAGCUACGUCGUUCAGAAGUAACAUUUGGAUUAUGUUUGAGACUGAAGAACUGUAAGAACAGCGGCGUUGGAACGAUGAUGAGAACAGGUGUGGAAAAACCACCUUUGGCACCCAAGCCAAAAGCCAUUCAGAAGACACCAAAAGCCAUUCAGAAGACACCAAAACCAAAACCACCACCUGUAGCACCUAAGCCAGAUGUACUUUCACUGCCUUCUUCAGUGGAGAAAAGAUUGAAGCCACCAAUUGCACCUAAACCGUGCCUUCCCCAAAAUUCCAACACGACCGCACAUGGGAAAUCUCCAGUUCUGAGGACAAAUGGUCUUCUCUCACCACAAGAGAAAUUAGGGACCACUAGUAAUGUGGGUUUGCUCAAUUCAAGGAAUGGUACACACCUGGGGCCGAAGAAACGUGAAUGGGAUUACAUAAUUCCAAUUUGUGUCUGCAGUCGGGACGAUUGUCCACAAUGCAAGCCAAAGGCGGACAGCAAACAAGCUAUUACAAAUAUUGGCCAUCCAGGAAAAGACCAGGGGAACAGGCAAAAUGAAGGCUUCAAGAAGUUUGUAUCGAGAUAUCGAACAAAAUCUGACGUGGAGCCUGACAUGCCAGAAACCAAGAAGGGCCUCAUCAGCACUACGAUUCCAAAUGGCACACGGCUUGAGAGUGUCCUUAGCAACAAUAAUCACGUGCAAAGGGCUCAGGAAGUGAUGGAGGACCAGAGCAGCCCUGUUGAGAGGCUUGAUGACAAUAACACAGCUCACAGGAACACUGCGUCUGGAAUUAAAUGCACUCCUCCUCAGAGGACCUGGAGUGAUGAGGUCAAUGGCAACGCUCACUGUCAACAGUCAAGGACUUCUGCAAAACCCUCAGACAGCUACAGAUUAGACCGGAAUCAAAUCAGAGACUCGACGGGGUGCACCCCUUCAAUCCCAGCAGCACCCCAAAAGGCCUUACCUAUUCCAGCGCCCCGCAGGCCGAGGUCACACACCCCAGAACAACAGGGUGGCACUAAAAAGUGCAAAGACGAGAUCAGAACAUCCAGUGGUAUGGAUCUCGCUGAGGCAAUGACUGAUGCAGUGAACAUCACUGCAGUUCCGAGUGAAAGCACCUCCUUAUAUGAAUCUGUUGAAACAGGCUAUGUGGAUUUGCACCUGCCAGUUCCUAUUCCUAAACAUAAAAUGGAAAACCUGGAAAAACCUGCUCCGUUUGGCCGGACAGAGAUCCCGAACGUGGCAGAGUAUUUCUAUGAAGCAACUGAAUUUUCUGUAGAUGCUGAUGACUGUGAAGUUGAGAACAGUGAGAGUCCGUGCACAGUUAUCCAACCUAAACAACUGAAGCUUACUCAUCAACUCACUGUGGCAACAAGGGUAAGGUCAGAGGAUGGAAAGCCACCAAAGACAUCCCCAGAAAAGCAACAUAGACAGCACUUGCCUACUGUCAUGUCUCAGAGUACAACGAAAGUGGAGAGCACCAUGGGAACAACUAAAGACAAUCAGAACUAUCUUAAUCCUGCUUCAAAAGAACUGGACAGUACAAAAAAGUCCAUUGGAAAGCAAGUUGCUAAUUCUAGUCCUGGCAACACAAAGGGGAAGCUGUUUGGUCAAAGCCUAAAGCCAAAAUCCAAGUCUUUCACAUCUGUGGAUCUGCUUCGCCCUGAUGGAAUCAAAAAAACCUCAUUCCGGAAGUUUCUGGACAUUAAUAUUUCUGUGAAAAAGCUGCCCAAACUUUUGACCAAACGACAGUCCAUUGAUUGUAUGUCAGUGGAAAUGGAAGAGUCUGUAGAUGGGGAUGUGGAGAGAGAGGGAAUCCCCGCUAGAAAGACCAAUCCACCCGCGAAUCGGAAGUUUUCCUGUCCAGUGAUUGGCAUGGAACAGAGUGUAGAUGGAGAGGACAUCUUUCCUGGGGCAGAAGCCGCAGUAGAGUAUGAGAACUUCCCAAUCUAUGAGGAUAUUCCAGAAUACAUGAACGUUCCAUGCUCAAAUCAUUUAGCUCCCUCCUCAGCCCCAGUGACUUGGCAGAGCUCCUCUUGGACAGACGAAGAGAAUAUAUAUGAAGAGCAGGAGCCAUAUGAGCUGAUAGGAGAGUAUGCUGAUGACACCCAAAAGCACAAUGGAUAUGAGAGGGACAGUAUUGAGGAGGAUGUGGGUCAAGGUUCUGGACUCUCUGAAGAGGAAAUCUGCCACAGUUCAGAGGAUGAGGAUGACAGGAGCUCAAGCUCAAGCAAGGGGGAUCAUGAAUUUUCUGAACACAAUCAUCACGUUGGAGAAACCAAGAAGAGCAAAGUGGUUCAUAUCGCCAGAGAAAUAAUGAGUUCAGAAAAAGUGUUUGUGGAUGUUCUGAAGCUUCUUCAUAUUGACUUUCGAGAUGCAGUGGCUAAGGUCUCUCAGCAGGCAGGAAAGCCUGUGAUUGAGGAGCGGAACCUGAAUCAGAUCCUGUACUACCUCCCCCAGUUAUAUGAGCUCAACCAGGACCUGCUUAAAGAGCUGGAGGAACGGGUAGCCCAAUGGGAUCACUACUCCCAGUUAGCCGACAUCUUUGUUAAGAAAGGGCCAUAUUUGAAGAUGUACUCCACGUAUAUUCGCGAGUUUGACAAGAAUGUGGCCCUACUAGAUGAGCAAUGUCGAAAGAACCCAAGCUUCGCUGCCGCUGUGAGGGAAUUUGAAGCAAACCCUCGUUGUGCCAACUUAGCACUGAGGCAUUACCUACUGAAACCCAUUCAGAGGAUACCUCAAUACCAGCUGUUACUAACAGAUUACUUAAAGAAUCUUACAGAAGACUCAACAGAUUACAAAGACACCCAAGCGGCUCUAAAUAUUGUUAAGGAGGUAGCCAAUCAUGCAAAUGACAUCAUGAAACAAGGGGAUAACUUUCAGAAACUCAUGCAAGUCCAGUGCAGGCUAACUGGGCACCAUGAGAUUGUUCAGCCUGGCAGGGUUUUCCUGAAAGAGGGCAUUCUGAUGAAGCUCUCAAGGAAAGUCAUGCAACCACGAAUGUUUUUCCUGUUCAACGAUGCCUUGCUGUAUACAACUCCAGUCCAGUCAGGGCAGUUCAAGUUGAACAACAUGCUUUCUCUAGCAGGAAUGAAGGUCACCAGGCCUAGUCAGGAAGGAUACCAAAAUGAACUCAACAUUGAGAGCGUUGAACGCUCUUUCAUUCUAUCAGCAAGUUCCGAAGCAGAACGAGAUGCCUGGUUAGAAGCCAUCUCUACUGCCAUUAGUGAAUAUACCAAGAAGAUGAUCACUUUCAUUUCAAGCAGAUACCAGGAAGAGGGAGAGGGCGAUGCCAGUGGGGCCUCCCUGGGCUCUAAAGCUCCUAUUUGGAUCCCAGACCCACGGACCACCAUGUGUAUGAUCUGCACCUGUGAGUUCACCCUCACCUGGAGACGACACCACUGCAGGGCCUGUGGGAAGGUGGUGUGUCAGACUUGUUCAACUAACAAGCAUCAGCUUGAUUACUUGAAGAACCAACCCGCUCGUGUGUGUGAUCAGUGCUUUGUCACGCUACAGAUGAGGACCGCAGAACUGACGCUCGGCACAGGUGGCCAAGCGCAAAGCAAUGCCUCUUCAACUGGCAAAUCCCCUGGUGCCUUCCCCUUCAGGAAGCAGAAGAGGAUCCCUGCAGCUCUUAAAGAGGUGUCCGCAAAUACAGAUGUCUCAUCGAUGAGUGGCUACCUUGAAAGGUCAAAGGGCAACAAGAAGCAAUGGAAAAGGUUUUGGUUUGUCAUCAAGGAUAAGGUCCUGUACACAUAUGCUGCGAGUGAGGAUGUUGCUGCUCUUGAGAGUCAGCCUCUUCUGGGCUUCAAGCUGAGGAUGGAGGAGAAGUCUGGCACCCUGCAGACCCUGCAGUUCAAGCUCUUUCAUAAAGACACCCUCUACCACAUGUUUAAAGCGGAUGACACCCAUGCUUUGCAGAGAUGGACCGAAGCUUUCCAAAAAGCCAUGGUCCUGUGACCUUGAUCCAAGACUCAUGGAUUGUCUCUCUGGCUCUUUAUGGUGAAUCAGUAAAUGGACAUAGCAUGGAUGUACUGUAACACUAAUACUGACAGCAAAGAGAACCUUUCAAGAGUCGGCUGAAGUCCUCCUGAAGCGUCCCAUAAACUAAUAGGUUUAAAGUGGGAACUGCUAAAUAGAUUUCCUGUAGUGUUCAGUGACUGCUUCAUAGAUUAAUGUUGUGGACUCAUGGAACCAUGCAUGUGGUAGGCUGUGCAAAUGAAAUGGAAUGAUUUUGAUGUAUGAAAACAUUUUUUACCUCCUGUGUUUAUAAGCAGGCUAACUUUUAUUUCACCAUGUACAUUCUGUAAAAUGUGUUUUAAAAUAAACUAUGGUAUUUUAGUAUCGAUGGUUCAGAUAAGAUAAUACAUUUGAUAAUACAUACAUUGUUGAAGAUGGAUCAGAACAUUUAGUUAGUUAAGCUGACACAGGGUGAUUCUAGUUAAAUGGAUAUUUCUUUCACCAUAGGUGAGAAGUGGGCUUCCUGGUCAGAUUAUUGUGAUAAUAAAUUACUCUAAGUUUUUACCCCUUCUUUUUGGGAUCACUUUCACUACUAGACAGGAUUACCCCUUUCAUGCAAGCCUAUAUGGCCAUAUUUGUUCCUAUGCACUGUAAAUAUUGUCAAUAUUUAUUUAACUUGUAUAUCAAGGUCUCGCCUUCUUUUGCAUUUGGUGCAAAUAACUUUACACAUCAUGGAAAUGUGACGAUUCAAAUAAAAGACAUGAAAA